GGGCUGGAUUCCGCGACCCUGGGCUCGGGAAGAAGAGCUGGCAGCCUUCGAAGUGAGGGCAGCGCCGCGGCUUCAGGCACGCAGUGCGCAGGCGCGCGCGCGCAACGCGCAGGCGCCGCCCAGAAGUGACUUCUCCAAAAAGUGUCUUAGUUCCCGGUCACCUGAGCGUCCGCGACGCCUUCGCGGCAGCCACGCCUGUCGCAGCUCGUGUCCCCGGACCCCUGCUCCCGCUCCCCCCCACUCCCCCGCCUCCGCAGCUGCGAGCCGCUCGCCCCCACCCGGGCUCCGUCCUCCCCUCCGUCCUUUCCCUAGAGCCCGGCCGGACCGAACCGGGCCGAGCUGGGCCGCCCGGGCGCGCCCGCUCACCAUGGCGUCCCUCUUCAAGAAGAAGACCGUGGACGAUGUAAUAAAGGAACAGAACCGAGAGCUGCGAGGCACACAGAGGGCUAUAAUCAGAGACCGAGCAGCCUUGGAGAAACAAGAAAAACAGCUGGAAUUAGAAAUUAAGAAGAUGGCCAAGAUUGGUAAUAAAGAAGCUUGCAGGGUUUUAGCUAAGCAGCUUGUCCAUCUACGGAAGCAGAAGACAAGAACUUUUGCUGUAAGCUCCAAAGUCACGUCUAUGUCCACACAAACAAAAGUGAUGAAUUCCCAGAUGAAGAUGGCUGGUGCAAUGUCUACCACUGCAAAGACAAUGCAAGCAGUCAACAAGAAGAUGGAUCCACAGAAGACACUACAAACAAUGCAGAAUUUCCAGAAGGAAAACAUGAAAAUGGAAAUGACUGAAGAAAUGAUCAAUGAUACCCUUGAUGACAUCUUUGAUGGUUCUGAUGAUGAAGAAGAAAGCCAGGACAUUGUGAAUCAAGUUCUUGACGAAAUUGGAAUUGAAAUCUCUGGGAAGAUGGCCAAAGCGCCGUCGGCUGCUAGAAGCUUACCGUCUGCCUCCACAUCAAAGGCUACAAUCUCCGAUGAAGAGAUUGAACGGCAACUCAAGGCUUUAGGGGUAGAUUAGAUCACGAAGCCAUACUAUUGUCACUUUCUUACAAUUAUUUGACCUGAAGUGGGUCUGGUGUAGAUUCCUUGUACAAAACCAUUCAUUUUGCAAAAAUGAAGACCAUGAGUGAACUAUUGUUUCCUGACCCAUGGCUAUUUUGAACCUUUUGCCAAAGAAUUCCAGUGAUGCAAAAAUGGGAACAGUUUGGGUGUUGACUAGAACCACGAAGGUCUGAUGAUGUCUGCAAACUGAGUUCUUCCUGCAUGGCUUAGAGAAGCGGUGUCAUUACUUAGUGUCAAGGUGUGUUCUAAAUCUUUUCACACCGAAAUAAGAGUUCUUGUUGAAUGCCAGUAGGCACCAACUUAAAGAGACUUGUAAAAAUAUUAAAGAUAUAUCAUUAAUUCUG